UAGAUCCUUUGUAGGUAAUGCAAAGGAGGUUGUAGUUGUGCUUUGCCCACACAACAUGCAUUACACAAACUUCUCUUGAGUUUAUUCAUUUGUUUGUUUGAGUUUGUCAAACAAAAACAAGAACAAGAAUAAAAGAAUAAAAGUGACAGUGACAGCGAUGAUAGGCAGGGAUCUUAGUGCACUUAUGCCCGCCCCCUCUACUAAUCACUUAAGUAUGAUGUGAGGUCCACGGAAAUCAAUUCGUGACUGAAACUGUGAAAAUUUGUAGCUGAAACAACUGAAUCAGCUGCUAGCCAAUAUGACCACCAGACAAGCCGACAAAAAGGAACGUGGUGGAUUCACUCUAUGUAAAAGGAGGAAAAAAUGUCAGUGCAAAUUAAAAGGUAUGAUCUAUUUCUGGAAACAGCUGUCAUCACUCCAAAUAAUCAUGGCUGCAAUCAUCAGUUCUUUAUUUUUGAAUUUUAAAGAUGGUCAUGAUGUCCUGCCUUCCGAAGCGAAUGGAGCCUUGCUGCUUGUCAUGUUGGGGAAAGUAUCUCUCAAUUUUUUUCUGUUGCAAGCCAGAAAAAACAAUCAUCAUCAGAGUUUCAUGAGCUAUUUCUGCAUUUCACUAGCUAUCUUUGACUUGCUGCUUCUGGGGAUGAUGACUCUAAUUUUCUGCAAUCGGAAUAUUUUGAUUGGAGAGAUUAGAUUUACCGAGUAUCACAUCUGUCUUUUGCCUCAGAUUAUCUCCCUUGUCUAUGGAAUUUUACAUUACCCAGUUUUUUUGAUAGCUGGCUUGGAUUAUUGCUUUACAAUAGCCCACACUUCCAACUAUAAGAACAAAUGCUGGAAAGCACUGUACACAAUUGCUGUGAUACUCACAUGGAUUUCUGCCCUUGGUUACAUUCUGAAUCUUCGGAACAGUUCUUUAUGGCUGAAUAUAAAUAACGACAAUUAUGGGCAUCAAUGUCCUUUCUACAUCAGCAGCCAAACUUACUGGCUCUCACUUGGUAUGUUGACCAUAAUAUGCUUGGUUCUUGUUUUCUGUUGGUCAGAAAUUCUAAACAUGGUGCAGUCCACUAAGCUUAUUUCUUUUGAGGGAGACAGUGUUCUGUUAUUUCCUUAUGAGCUUGAGGGCAGCUCCAGAGGUCAUUCAAAAUGUCUUUUGGCAAGACUUCUGAUCAGCUUCAUGGGCACUUGGACACCAUUCGUUAUACUCCAAAUGCUGAUUGUGUUACUUAAUGCAAAGAUUCCUGCCCACAUUGAGAUGAACGUCCCCUGGCUUUAUUUUGUCAACAGCUUCCUUAUUGGGAUUGCAUGUUGGGUGAGAGGCCAAGACAUUGUGUUUCCUGAAGAUUCUUGGGAUGUGGAUCCAUUUGUCAGCUGGAAAUUUUGCUUUAUACCUUUCAGCUUUCCAAACACCGAAAAAGCUAUAAAACCAGACAGCGAAAUCACAAUCUGUUAAUGAACUACCAUAGGAUAAUAUAGACUGGGUUGCAGUCAAUGGAGAAGGCUGCAAGUUAAGUUGACGAACUACAGGAGAGGAGGAAUAUCAAAUGAGAUAUCGGUUGAACAUUUUCUCAAAUUCUGCUGCGUGUGUAGGAACAUGGCUGUAUAAAAGAAUAGUAUGUGUUUUCCAAGUUGAAUUUCCAAUAUUGUUAUUUCAAAAUAAAGUGUAAGGGAGUUUUUA